AUGUCUGGUUUGUCUGGCCCACUAUCCUGGCCUGGCCCUCUCCUAUCCGCCUUGCUCUUUCUGUUCCUUCUCGGCCCCAGCUCGGUCCUCGGCAUCUCCUUCCAUCUACCCGUGAACUCUCGGAAGUGUCUCCGCGAGGAGAUCCACAAAGACUUGCUGGUUACGGGCGCGUACGAGAUCACCGACCAGUCUGGGGGCGCUGGCGGCCUGCGCACCCACCUCAAGAUCACAGAUUCUGCUGGCCAUAUUCUGUAUGCCAAAGAGGAUGCAACUAAAGGGAAGUUUGCCUUUACCACAGAAGACUAUGACAUGUUUGAAGUAUGCUUUGAGAGCAAGGGAACAGGGCGGAUACCUGACCAACUCGUGAUUCUAGACAUGAAGCAUGGAGUAGAGGCGAAAAAUUAUGAAGAGAUCGCAAAAGUUGAGAAACUCAAACCACUGGAGGUGGAGCUACGGCGGCUCGAGGACCUUUCAGAGUCUAUUGUUAACGACUUUGCCUACAUGAAGAAGCGGGAAGAGGAGAUGAGGGACACCAACGAGUCCACAAACACCCGCGUCCUGUACUUCAGCAUCUUUUCCAUGUUCUGCCUCAUUGGACUAGCCACCUGGCAGGUCUUCUACCUGCGUCGCUUCUUCAAGGCCAAGAAGUUGAUAGAGUAAUGAGGCUCAGUCUUCUGUCCCCUGGAGCCAGCAGAACAUCGCUGGGACGUGCCUGGCCUAGCCCAAGGCCAAGUUACUAACAGUAUAUCAAGGCGCAGCUGAGCAUCUUGCCAGAACUGAUCCUUCUGGUGUGGGAGAGCAUGGGCACCACCCACACCCAGCAAGUCAGAGAGGACUUUUUAAUGCAGUAGGAUUUGGACUGGUUUGCAACAAGAUUAUUAAAGUCGCCUAUGGAAAAACAAAACAAAACAAAACAACAAACAGGGGUUACCUAGAUAACGCCAAAGCCAGCAUUCGUCCUGGGUCGCCUCACAGGAUCGGUUUGAGCUGUUUGCUUUUUCUCUCCCACUUGCUCACCGCCUUGGUCCUCCACUCUAGUUCUCCUCCAAGAUUUCUCUGACCUCGGUCAGCUCCUUCAUAUCAGUUGUCUCUUUGGUUUCCUUGUGAAACACCUUGAACUUCUCUUGGUCCUUAGAUGAAAUGUUUACAGAGCUUCUGGUGAUAUCCUUCAUAAUUUUAUGUCUUCUAAAAGGGUCAUGGGUGGGACACAAAACAAAGUGAGCUUUGAACUGUAGAUAAUCUCUUAAAAGAAAAUCUCAUUUUAGACCAUUAAAAUGUUUGUGCUCAA